CUCUGGUAUGCCUGAACGUGGAUCAGCGCAAAGCAGUUAUCUGCCGGAACGUGGAUCCACGCUCUCCGACCAGCAGACAAUUUUUUAUAAUUUUCUCUCAUAAAAACGAUGCAGAAGUGUCAAAAUCGCUUGCGUCCUUGAAUGAAUGAAUGUACCAAAUUCUCUUAUACCUGUCUUUAGUUCAGAAACUUGUUCAUUCGUGUCACUGAAUACUCGACUUCGUUGAGAACUAAGUGUUUGAUUUUUUGUAAUUACUGGACACAGUGAGUAUAUUUUUGUGUUAUUUCAAUAAUUUCUUUCAUUUAGAAUAGUUUUCAAUAAAAUCUUAUGAGAAAUUUAUGCAAUUACUAAAAUAAUUAGAAGUAAACGAUUUGUCGGUUAGUUUUUUUUUUCAAAUUUAUUCAUAACUAUUGUAUUUCUUUCAUUCUGAGUGCGUGUUAUAUAUAGUUUUGAAGACUUUUUUGUCAAGAUCUUCAAUUUGCAAAGUGUUUUCGUCCAUAAUUCAUAGUUUAUUCAGAAUCUUUGUUUUUCGAUAGUCUUACCGCAUAUUGAGCGCGGAUCCGCGUUCCGGCUAAGACGUACAGGGUGUUCAAAUUUAUACCACGCACUUUACUUGUUUAUUUACUUUAUUGAGUUGUCCAGAAAAUAUUUUGAGAUAUCUUGCAUUGAACCUAACAAUAUUUUAUUAAUUUAAUUUCAAGGUUAUAAAAUAAUGGUGGUGUACCUAGAUGUUGAUAAGUAUCUCAACAAAGGAGAUUAUUGCCUAUGUCUUCGUGAAGCUAUAUGGCCUUGGAAAGAGACUCAUUUUAUAAAAUUAAGUGCUUGUUUCAUAUGUAAAAAACGCACGAAUUCUAAAAUGCCUCGACAUUUAUGUCUUCGGACUGACAAAAAAAGUACUUUUAAAAUGAUAUUACACGCUAAACAUUUUUGGUGUCGAAACUGUAUGUUUGCCAUAUAUGAACAUUACACAAAUGACGAAUGUAACAUUUGUGCUGAUUUCUAAAUAACAAAAAUUUAAUUAAGUAUUACAAUGAGAAGGUUACUGUUAUUUGUUUAAAACUAAUAAAAAAAUUCACAUAUAAUUAGUUUUAUUCUUUGACAAAGCAAGACUAUACAAAAUGUUGUAGAGGUAAUUUAUUUACAUUUCGACUUCAUGUCUUACAUUAUAAUUUUACCUCCCAAUUUGCUGUUAUUUUAUUUAUUUCUAGAUGGAAUCAAAUGUGAGGAAUACUACACCACCUGAGUGGGAAGCAACUCAACCCAUUGUGGGUAUGGAAAUACAGAUUUCGCCCAACGGUUCUUUGUAUGCACGACCUGAUAAAACCGUAUAUAUGGAAAAAUCCCUAUCCGGAUCAUUACAUGUACUGAGAACGACAGCCAAUGUCGAAGAAUCCUCUGAACGACCUCGAAUCCGGAGGAGGUUAGAUUUAAAUUCUUCACCUGAUCUUGACGCUCCUGGGCCCUCAAAUGAGGUUGGCAGCCAAUUACUGAGAACAAAAGCCAAUGUCGAAGAAUCCUCUGAAGCACCUCGAAUUUGGAGGAGGGUAGAUUUAAAUUUUUCACCUGAUCCUGACGUUCCUGGGCCCUCAAAUGAGCCAGUGCGGAAUGUGGCAAGAGAGUCUUACGAGAUGCAGCAACUCAGAAUGUUAAAUUUUGAAGAUGAAAGCGAUUCUGUUUCACCUAUACCCUCUCAUGAGGUCGUAAAUACAUAUCUGACGUCUGAACUAGCUGAGGCUUUGGCAGUCGAUUCAGGAAGUGAAGAUGACGAAGAAGACGAUCUUGAUGAAAAUGAUUUACGCAGGAUUUUGGAAAUAGAAGAAGAAGGGGAAGAAAUAGAAGAAAGAGGGGAAGAGGAAGUUAUGUUAAAUUAUGAUUUCACGUGGUCUCAAAAUUUCGAAGAAUUUACUGGUACAGAAGAGAGAUUUGAAGUACAGCCAGGACCCACAGUGCAGGAAGAUACUCCAAUUAAAAUAUUUAAAUCCAUCUGGGAUAGGUCUGUAAUGGAAAAAAUUGUCAAAGAAACUAACUACUACGCAUGGCAAAAAAUUGCUGCUGCCGCCGAAGUCGAGGAUGGUAUUAAACCUAAAUCCCGUCUCUAUCAGUGGGAAGACACAACAGUAGCGGAGUUAUACAAAUUUUUCGGAAUUAUGAUUUAUAUGGGAAUAUGCUACAGAAGCAGAAUUGACGAGUACUGGACUACAGGCAUACUAGGCAUGCCAGAAUUUAGAAAGCUAAUGAGCAAAAACAGGUUCCUCUUACUGUUACGGUUUUUACAUUUUGUUGACAACGAUGAACUCGGUCCUAAUAUUCGCGGGUAUGAGCGAAAGGUAUCUAAAGUUGUUAAUAUUGUGGAACACUGCAACAAAAAAUUUGGAGAAAUAUAUAUCCCACACAGAGCCAUAAGUAUUGACGAGUCGCUGCUGCUGUGGAAGGGACGCCUGAGUUGGAUUCAGUGCAUUCGUUCUAAGGCAGCACGAUUCGGUAUUAAAACUUAUGAGCUCUGUGAGGCGGAAACCGGAUAUCUGAUAACAGUCGAAGCUGUAAUGGACAUGUCCCAGACUACAUACCAGUUGACACAACAAACCGGACUAAUAAACGUCAAAAUCGCCAGAAACGAGGACGUUGUGUGCAAUGCCUAG